AAUCGUAAAGACACGUAAAGCGACAUUCAUCGCGCCAGUGAAUUAAAAAACAAAUCUCAAAGGAGAGAAAAUGUUAUUUACAACAAAAGUGUGACGUGAAGUGUAAAAUAAAGUCUCAUCAGAAGAAAUGAACGCCGAAUUGGACAUCCAGAGUUUCAUUAACUGUACCCAGCAAAUCCUGGGUCGAGACCUGCUCGACGAUGUCCUGAACGUCACACAACUCCUGGAGUCUCUACCCGCACAAAUUAUUGAAGAUAUUAAGCUCAAGGCAACCCUCGGCAACUGCAUGGGUCUGGGCAAGCGGCCCUACAGUCCGCCAUGGUGGAGCCAACUCUCCUGGUUCAUCGUGUUCGCUACCAUGCUAACGCUGGCCAUCAUUGGGAACACGUUGGUCAUAUGGAUCGUACUUGCUCAUCGGCGGAUGAGGACAGUCACCAACUGCUUCCUGGUGAACCUGGCGGUAGCUGACCUCCUCAUGGCGACCCUGAAUGGUGUACCCAACUUCGUGUUCCUCGUCACCGCAAACUGGCCCUUCGGAGCGAUCACGUGCACUGCUAGCAACUUCACUGCAAACCUUACUGUAUCUGCGGGAGUGUUUACACUGGUUGCUAUUACGGUUGACAGGUACGUAGCAAUAGUGAGGCCACUGCAGCACCGUCUGAGUAGAAGAAUAGCUAGAGCUGCGCUACUUACUGUGUGGGUAGCCAGCGCGUCACUCGCCCUACCCAGUCUACUCUACUCCGAUACGUUAUCGAAAAAGUACAUAAACGGGGAACGAAAAAUAUGCUUCAUCAAGUGGCCAGACGGAGGUUAUCCGACAUCGAAAGCAGAUUAUUGUUACAACUUAGUGUUCCUAGCGGUGACGUACGUUGCUCCUAUGUCGGUGAUGGUAUGGGCGUACGCGCGAAUGAGCGCGGUGCUGCGCGGCCGGACUAUAGGAGAGUGCACGCACCAUCAGACACAAGUCAUCAGGGCGAAGAGAAAGGUGGUGCGAAUGUUCGUACUCGUGGUGGUGGUAUUCGCGCUUUGCUGGCUACCAUACCACGCGUACUUCGUACUGGUGUACCACCACCCUGACAUGACGACGUCCCCGCUGGCGCAACACGUCUACCUGUCAUUUUACUGGCUCGCCAUGGCCAACUCCAUGUUCAACCCGCUGAUAUACUAUUGGAUGAGUAAUAAGUUCAGGAUAUAUUUCCGAGUAGUAUUAUGUUGGUGUAGGAGCGGGAAGACGACUUCUCCGAACGACUUAAAGAAGCAAUUUGAAAUGAAUAAGUCCUUCUCAGGACACUCGAAUGCCACAAUAACUUUAUCAAACGCGAAUGCCGUGGCCGCCAACCCACGUGGGGAAUGUGAAGGUGAUUUUGUGUGUGAUAAUAGGCUUUAAUUUUAUUUUUAAGCUUUGGAAGUGAUUGUUAUGCAGUUAGAAAG